UUUGGGCUGAUGCCAUUAUUAUACAAUUGCAAUCAAAAUUAUUCCAAUUUUUUUUAAGUGAAGACCUGGGGCUCGAACGUUCCGACACUCAGAGUCACGUGAAUGGACAGAACGUGAGGCUUCGGGCGUCGUCGAUCACGUGACUCUGUGAAACCAAUGACACGCCCUGAUACGGGGCUUCACUGGAAGUUGUGUCGCGCGCUCGCUACGUGCUGUAGUGGAGUGGAUCCGAGGCCUAACAUCCAAACUGCUAGCGUUUCGGAUAAUUCACCGACUUGCUUGUGGAGUACACACACACACACACAAAACAGCAUUUGACCAAUUAUUUUGUUAAGUGUCGUCUUAUUAAAGCGCGGUAUUAAAAUCGCUGCAAUUUAUCUCAUUUUGAGUUUUUUCUUGUGCGAAGAGCGCGGAGGUUUAAAAGCUAGCCAGACGUGCUAGGUCCUUUAGCUAGCAAAAUAAACAAACAAACAGGCCACUUUUCAAGUUUGAACACUUUAUAAGAGACGUUUAUUAGUGGUUAAUUGAAGUAUUUCUCGAUUAAAGCGAGUGUUUCUCUCCGCGUAAGUGUUAAAAGGUGUAAAUGUCAUCUUUUAUGCUACUUUGUUUGGACUUCAGCUAAAGUAGUUCGGUAGAUAACGUUAAGCAGCUGCGGCUGCCUGACCAAAACACUUUGUAGGUGUGUGAACUGGUGUGUAAUUUACAGUUUAAUCCCGUAAACAGCAUUUGUUUGCAAAGGAUACCACGUAAAUUGCAAUUUAACCCGAAAAUAACAAUUUUACAUAAAAAAAAACAAAAACCCAGCACUUUAAAUUUAAGUAAACAAAAGGAAAAAUGCGAGGCAGCUCUUCGUACGGGGACAGAGACCGAGACCGUGGACGGGACCGAGGGCCCCGCUUUGGGUCCAGUCGUGGAGGUCCUCCUCCUAAGAAGUUUGGGAACCCUGGAGAACGACUGAGGAAGAAGAAAUGGGACCUUAGCGAGCUGCCAAAGUUUGAGAAAAACUUCUACAGCGAGCACCCAGAGAUCCAGCGCAUGAAUCAGUAUGAGAUCGAGGAGUUUCGCCGAAAGAAAGAGAUCACUGUCAGGGGCUCUGGGUGCCCGAAGCCAGUGCCAAACUUCCACCAGGCACAGUUUCCUCAGUAUGUGAUGGAUGUACUGCUGCAGCAGAAUUUCAAGGAGCCCACAGCCAUCCAAGCACAAGGCUUCCCCCUGGCUCUCAGUGGCAGGGACAUGGUGGGCAUCGCGCAGACCGGAUCUGGCAAAACACUCGCUUAUCUGCUUCCGGCCAUUGUGCACAUCAACCACCAGCCGUACCUGGAGAGAGGAGAUGGACCCAUCUGUCUGGUUCUGGCUCCAACACGUGAACUAGCACAACAGGUGCAGCAGGUGGCGUAUGACUACGGCAAGUCUUCCCGAAUCAAGAGCACCUGUGUGUAUGGAGGAGCCCCUAAGGGUCCACAAAUCAGAGACUUGGAAAGAGGUGUUGAGAUUUGCAUCGCCACCCCUGGUCGUCUGAUCGACUUCCUGGAGGCAGGGAAGACCAACCUGCGCCGAUGCACCUACCUCGUGCUGGACGAGGCAGACCGCAUGCUGGACAUGGGCUUCGAGCCACAGAUCCGCAAAAUUUUAGAUCAGAUCCGGCCGGACAGACAGACACUGAUGUGGAGCGCUACCUGGCCUAAGGAGGUGCGUCAGCUGGCAGAGGACUUCCUCCAUGACUACAUCCAGAUCAACAUCGGGGCCCUGGAGCUCAGCGCCAACCACAACAUUCUGCAGAUCGUGGACGUCUGCAUGGAGAACGAAAAGGAAAACAAGCUGAUUCAGCUGAUGGAGGAAAUCAUGGCAGAGAAGGAGAACAAGACCAUCAUUUUUGUCGAGACAAAGAAACGCUGUGAUGAGCUGACGCGCAGGAUGAGGAGAGAUGGAUGGCCAGCAAUGUGCAUUCAUGGUGACAAAAGCCAGCCAGAGAGAGACUGGGUCCUUUCAGAGUUCCGCAGCGGUAAAGCUCCCAUCCUUAUCGCUACUGACGUCGCCUCACGUGGGCUGGAUGUGGAAGACGUGAAGUUCGUCAUUAACUACGACUACCCGAACUCUUCCGAGGACUAUGUGCACCGUAUCGGGCGUACUGCCCGUAGCACCAACAAAGGCACAGCUUACACGUUCUUCACACCCGGAAACCUGCGGCAGGCCCGUGACCUGGUACGGGUUCUAGAGGAGGCCCGGCAGGCCAUCAACCCCAAACUUCUGCAGCUGGUGGACUCUGGACGCGGGUCAGGAGGAGGACGAAUGCGUUACCGUAACUCCAGCUCCAACUCCAACAACCCCAACCUGAUGUACCAGGAUGAGUGCGAUAGGCGCCUGCGCUCCGGCAGUGGAAGCAGUAGCAAGGACAGCCGGGGCGGCGGCAGCUACCACCGAGAGGGGCGCUCAAGCCGUGACGACAGAUCUUCCUCCUCGUCUUCGUACCGAGAUCGCAGCCGAGAUAGCCGGAAUAGCUACAGCUCAGGCGAUCAGUACCAGAGCUACAACAGCAGCGGAGGGGGAGGGUACAGCUCAAGGGCUGGUGGAGUUUCACAGUCAGGUGGUGGCAGUAAUGGUGUGUCAGGCGGAGGGCAGCAGAACCAAUCCGGACCACCACAGGGCCCAUUUAAUCAGGGUCCUCCUCCACCACCACAGUCAGGGCCUGGACCGGGGCCACAGCCCCUGAUGGCCCAGCAGUUUGCCCCACCUCCACCACCUCAGCCCAUGAUGGGAUUUAUGGGUCCAGGGCCAUACUCGUUCGGUCCACCUCCGCCACCCCCUCCUCAGCAGCAGAGAAAGUAAAACUUUUACAUUAAAAAAAAGAGAUUAUCUAGUAGUAGUAGUUAAUCACUCCCGAUCCACUACAAGAGUGAAGAAAGCUCAGUAGAGAUCGGUGUUCUUUUUUUUGCCUCUCUGUAGACCUUUUCCUUCCUCUCUGUCUCAAAGAUGUGUUGUGGCUUUUGAGCAGUUUUGAGCAGGCGUGUCAUUCAGGGGUCGUGGAGGUAAGGGCUAUGCAUAUUGUUAUCUGGUCAUGUAUCAACUGAUCAUUACAUACAGCAAGCUCUUGCACGUUGUCUGUGGAACUGCUAAGUGGAACAUUUGUUUUAAUUAAUCACAGAUUAAGGAACCUUUUUUGUUAAGAACCAGUUUUGUAUUGAGGAGAAUAAAACAUUUAACAGAUUGAUAAGAUGAUAA